UCGCCCAUGUCAGUCAUUGUUUGUCGCUCUUGUGGUCGAGAUCGUUUUUACGUACUCCCUCAAGCAAGCUGAUUUACAAUGGCAUCCCCGAAGCCCUGUGCUUCUGUGUCCGAAGAGUCUGAGUUGAGUGAUGGUGAGGUGCAAGUGUUGGACUCUAGUGAGCCGCUUGGCACGGCCUCCUCCUCCUCUUCGAUACGCUCCGUGGUGAUUUCGUGUGGUAGUGCGCGAGUUUUGGACUCAAUAGAGCCGCUCGGGCACACUUCGCGAGUGCAAGUGUUGGACUCUGAUGAGCCACUUGUGAGUGCCGCGCGUUCGUCAAUUUAUGACGAUCCUGUUCCCGGUCCCAGCGGCUUGGCUGGCCCUAGCGGGUCAGUCAUUGUUGGUGACUCAGGCGGUUCCACUAGUGGAACUGUCGGCUCUAGUCGUCGGUCGUCGUUGACUGACGAUGAUGAGCCGAGACCUGAUGUCGCUGACGCUGCCGCUUCGGACAAUGACGAGGAACUGGCACAUGUGCCGGUGCCUCGUCCCACCGGGUCAUCGGGCAGGAGAAUGAAGCCGAACAAGGCUGAGAUAAGCCAAAUGUGGAAUUGGGAGCGCGUCAUUUUGUCCUUCGACACGGAGGACAAGUGCCUCCAGUUUGCGGAGGACAGGGGGCUCCUGCCUCCGAAGAAGCGGAUGUGCCGCAUACACAAAACGGAGAUGUCAUAUACGAAGUCUGCCGGGUCCUGCGGGAAAUACAGGUGCCGUAAAGGCACCUGUCGCUCCAAAUCGGUGUCCCGUGCCAAGGGGACCUGGUUUGAGAAGGCCUCCAUGCCCCUUUUCAUCAUCUUCAGGAUAAUGUACUGUUUUAGUGAAAACAUGACGCACCUCGCGACCAUGAAGAAUGUGGUCUCAGCGGCAUACGACAAAGUGGUGUCUAGUGCCACUGUCACGGACUGGUUCCACUUCUGUCGCGAGGUGGUCAUGGUAUACGAAUUAGAGCACCAGAGGGGGCAUGGCAAGAUUGGAGGGCCUAACAAAAUAGUCCAGAUCGACGAAUCAAAAUUCGGCAAAAGAAAAUAUAACAGAGGAAGAUUUAUUGAGGGCCACUGGGUGAUUGGGAUGAUAGAAGACGGGAGCGACGAUUUGCGGCUCGAGGUGUGUCCCAACAAUGAGAGAUCGGCAGAAAUUCUGGUGCCACUGAUUAAAAAGCAUGUUGCGGAAGGCUCAAUUAUCCAUACAGAUUAUUGGAGAGCCUAUAUGAGCCUUCCGGAGCAUGGCUACAUCCACCGACGGGUAAACCAUAGUGACCCAGAGAACAGGUUUGUGGCACCAGACGGGACACACACCCAGCGAAUCGAGAGCCAGUGGCGGGGAUUGAAGCAAGUGUUCCGGAGUAAGCAACGUAAAUUAAACUUUGAGGAGUGGUUGUUUGACAGUAUAUGGAGGAGGCGAAUCCACGUUAAUCAUUUAGACCCAUUUGAAGAAUUAAUUAAAGCAAUAAAGUAUGUUUAUAAAAUAGAUCUGUAGUUUUAUUUUAGUUUUAAGUAGUUGUAAGUAGUUUUAAGUUUAUUGUAACUAGUUUUAAGUUAGUUUUAGUUUAUUAUGUAAUAAAAGAUUUCACAUUUAAAUUGUUUUUUAUUUCAAACAAAUUAACAUAAUUCAAGUUUUUAU